AUGUCUUGUCGCAUGCCAGAGUGUCAUCGUAUCCGGCUGAACGGCUUAGCAAUGAAGCUCGACCAUGACAAGGACACUAGUCCUGGCGCCACAUUUUACUACUGCUCCAUCCACCACGUCUAUCAUUGCGUCGCAGUGAGGGCCCAUCGGCGUCUUCCGCAACCACUUUGCGGGGAGUGCGCCUGGCUCUUCUUCAAGUUCCCUAAAGAAGCCGCCAAGCAUCCCGAGUCUGACAUUACCGCGACCUUCGGACCUAGUGAUAUGCCAGACAUCGCAACCGCUGCUACUUUCAGCCGUAGAGGUGUCUACGACCUCUUGCUUGACUCCCAGAAUAACACUACGAUCAAUAAUGGUUCUGUUGCAAUGCCUUUAGAUAGAAACAAGCGUCCACUAUUAACCAUAGAAGAGAUACUCGACCAUCUCAACGAACGCGCCCGUAACUGCUGCAACACGUCACAGUCCAAUAACUGGAAGCAUUUUCACGCGGAUGGCGAUGUCAUCAUGCAGGAUGUCACAUCGCCGUCAGAGCAGCACAGCCACCUUUCCACGAUCCCUACUGGUAAAAUUGUACACUUACCUAUCCGACGAAGCCGCGACGGAAGCCGGAGUGACUUCUUACAAUUUAUACCGUACGACAACCCUGCUGUUUUCAAUGUGCAGCCGGCACAAUGGCACCGUGUCCGUCGAGGAGUGUUCCUGUUCCGAUACACGGACUACAGAGGAUGGCCUGCCUGGUGUUGCUGGGCCCAGGGCAUCACAUACCUAGAGCCAGAGAUACGAUGGGUUUUAACGCUCAUUUUUGACCUAAUUGGAUUUCUCAUCGAGAAGCAGUGGAAUGCUGCGAGAAACUCGAUAACAAAAGGAGCCAGGGAUUCGGUCCUCAAGCAGCUGUUCUGGGAAGGCCGGUCCUAUCUCCACAGCUUAAUGGCCAUCGUCAAAGACAUGAAAGAAGGGUUUGGCGUCGAAAACUUGACGGUCCCCCAGUUGCUUGGUAUUGGACUUGACUAAAUUGUGAUGAUUUGCUAUUCGCCUUUUAAACUUGUUUCAGCGCUACAUGUCCUAUUUUUCUCUAAGUAGAAAUUAGCAUAAAUUAGAGGAACAAGCGAACGAGCUGUCGAACACUAGUAUAUCGCUCUCCACGCAGUUCGGUUAAUAAGCUGAAUAAUACAUAGUAAGUAACCUUUGUGAUUUAUGGUCGAGGGUAAGAGAAGACUUACUCAUGAUUUUCUGUUCACCGCUCGUCUUUAACGACAUACUUAUUUACCCAGACGUAGGUAAUACUGGACGGGUAGUAUAACCCUGCACUCUAAUGAAACACUUAGCGGUACUUAUAAAUAGAAUAG